AUGGCCGCCACUUCCACCUUUCUCCUCCCCGUCCUCCUCCUCCUCGCCAUUGCUGCUCACUCCACAGCCUCCGAUUCCUCCACCUCCGCCGCCUCCCUGGAAGCAGCCGCCCUCCUCAACCUCUCCGCGGUGCUCGCCGAUCCCUCGGGCUACCUUUCCGCGCACUGGACGCCAGUCACGCCGCUCUGCUCGUGGCCGCGCCUCUCCUGCGACGCCGCCGGCUCGCGCGUCAUCUCCCUCGACCUCUCCGCUCUCAACCUCACCGGCCCCAUCCCCGCCGCGCCGCUCUCCUCCCUGACGCACCUCCAGUCCCUCAACCUCUCCAAUAACCUCUUCAACUCCAGCUUUCCGGACGAGCUCAUCUCCAGCCUCAGCAACAUCCGCGUUCUUGACCUCUACAACAACAACUUCACCGGCCCGCUCCCGGCCGCGCUCCCCAACCUCACCAACCUCAUACACCUCCACCUCGGCGGCAAUUUCUUCUCCGGCAGCAUCCCCACGUCGUACGGCCAAUGGAGCCGCAUCCGGUACCUGGCCCUCUCCGGCAAUGAGCUCACCGGGGAGAUACCGCCGGAGCUCGGCAACCUGACGACGCUCAGGGAGCUGUACCUCGGCUACUUCAACAGCUUCACCGGCGGCAUACCGCCGGAGCUGGGCAGGCUGCGGCAGCUCGUGCGGCUCGACAUGGCCAGCUGCGGGAUCUCCGGGAAGGUCCCUCCGGAGGUCGCGAACCUCACGUCGCUCGACACUCUGUUCCUUCAGAUCAACGCCCUGUCCGGGCGGCUGCCGACAGAGAUUGGCGCCAUGGCGGCGCUCAAGUCGCUCGACCUGUCCAACAACCUGUUCGUCGGGGAAAUCCCCGCGACCUUCGCGGCGCUCAAGAACAUGACGCUGCUGAACCUCUUCCGGAACCGCCUCGCCGGCGAGAUCCCGGAGUUCGUCGGCGAGCUGCCGAACCUCGAGGUGCUGCAGCUGUGGGAGAACAACUUCACCGGCGGAGUGCCGCCGCAGCUUGGCGUGGCGGCAACCAAGCUGAGGAUCGUCGACGUGAGCACGAACAAGCUCACCGGCGUUCUGCCGACCCAGCUCUGCGCCGGCGAGCGUCUCGAGACGUUCAUCGCGCUGGGGAAUUCGCUGUUUGGCGGCAUUCCCGACGGGCUCGCUGGGUGCCGGUCGCUGACGAGGAUACGGCUGGGAGACAAUUACCUCAACGGGACGAUUCCGGCCAAGCUGUUCACGUUGCAGAACCUGACGCAGAUUGAGCUCCAUGACAAUCUGCUGUCCGGCGGGCUCCAGCUGGACGCCGGCAAGGUGUCGCCGUCGAUAGGGGAACUGAGCCUGUACAACAACCGACUGUCCGGCUCGGUGCCGGCGGGGAUCGGUGGGCUCGUGGGGCUGCAGAAGCUUCUGGUGGCCGGCAACAAGCUGUCCGGCGAGCUCCCACCAGCCAUUGGGAAGCUGCAGCAGCUUUCGAAGAUGGACAUGUCAGGGAACCUGAUAUCUGGGGAGGUGCCUCCAGCGAUUGCGGGAUGCAGGCUGCUCAGCUUCCUCGACCUGUCCGGCAACAAGCUCUCCGGCAGCAUCCCGACGGCGCUCGCCAACCUACGAAUCCUCAACUACCUCAACCUAUCCAGCAACGCGCUCGAGGGGGCGAUCCCGCCGUCGAUCGCCGGAAUGCAGAGUCUGACGGCCGUCGAUUUCUCCUACAACAACCUCUCCGGUGAGGUCCCGGCCACCGGCCAGUUCGCCUACUUCAACUCCACCUCAUUCGCCGGCAACCCUGGCCUCUGCGGAGCCUUCCUGUCUCCGUGCGGCACCACCCACGGCGUCGCCACGUCGGGCAUCGGGUCGCUCUCCUCAACCUCGAAGCUCCUCCUCGUGCUCGGCCUCCUCGCGCUGUCCAUCAUCUUCGCCGGCGCGGCCGUGUUCAAGGCGCGGUCUCUGAAGCGGUCGGCUGAGGCGCGCGCGUGGCGGAUCACGGCGUUCCAGCGGCUGGACUUCGCGGUGGACGACGUGCUGGACUGCCUCAAGGAGGAGAACGUGAUCGGCAAGGGCGGGUCCGGGAUCGUGUACAAGGGCGCGAUGCCGGGCGGCGCGGUGGUGGCCGUGAAGCGGCUGUCCGCCAUCGGGCGGUCGGGUUCCGCGCACGACGACUACGGCUUCUCGGCGGAGAUACAGACGCUGGGGCGCAUCCGGCACCGGCACAUCGUGCGGCUGCUCGGGUUCGCGGCGAACCGCGAGACGAACCUGCUGGUGUACGAGUACAUGCCCAACGGCAGCCUCGGCGAGGUGCUCCACGGCAAGAAGGGCGGCCACCUGCAGUGGGCGACGCGGUUCAAGAUCGCCGUGGAGGCGGCCAAGGGCCUCUGCUACCUGCACCACGACUGCUCGCCGCCGAUCCUGCACCGCGACGUCAAGUCCAACAACAUCCUCCUCGACUCCGACUUCGAGGCGCACGUCGCCGACUUCGGCCUCGCCAAGUUCCUCCACGGCAGCAACGCCGGCGGCUCAGAGUGCAUGUCCGCCAUCGCCGGCUCCUACGGCUACAUCGCUCCCGAGUACGCCUACACGCUGAAGGUGGACGAGAAGAGCGAUGUGUACAGCUUUGGUGUUGUGCUCCUUGAGCUCGUCACAGGCCGCAAGCCCGUCGGCGAGUUUGGCGACGGCGUAGACAUCGUGCAAUGGGUGAGGGCGGUCACCGGGUCGACCAAAGAAGGUGUGACGAAGAUCGCCGACCCCCGCCUCUCGACGGUCCCCAUUCAAGAGCUGACGCACGUCUUCUACGUCGCCAUGCUCUGCGUCGCCGAGCAGAGCGUCGAGCGGCCGACGAUGAGAGAGGUCGUGCAGAUCCUGGCCGACAUGCCCGGGACGGCAUCGGUCACCCUCGGCACGCGGCCGGUUGCCGUGGAAGGAGAAGAAGAGGAGCAGCAGCAACAUGAUCAGGACGGGCCACAAGGCUCCUCGCCGCAGCAGGAUCUACUCAGCAUCUAGUGGUAGUAGAACCUUGUAGCAUCCCCUGUACUACCUUGUGGUGUACUCCUCGGAAUGUGGUAGUGUCCGUAUGCGUGUGCGAGUGGAGGCAAGCAUGUGCCGUGCUAGUCUGCUAGAUUAGUGGUAUGAGUAUGAUAAUGUGUGGAUUAGAUCCUUGUAAUUUGUGUGCUCCUUGUACAAAGCAGCUAGUUGGUCUCUGCAGUUGA